AUGUCCCACUCCAGCGAUGAGCCCACAUGCCCCAAGUUCCAACCCAAUAUCUUUGACCCCUCCCGCUGCCACGAGUGCCUGCGCCAGAGGCACCUGCACACAAGCGCAGGGGAAAGAACCGAGCUCGAGCCUCAACAGAAACCCCUGCCUGAGGAUGGGGAUGCAACUGGGAAAAGCUCUGGACUUGGAGGUGGGAUCAGGCUGAGCAGAGCCGCGCUUCUGACGCCAAUCUCUUCCCAGACAGAGGAAAGAGACACCAGCAGCAGCAAGGAAGACUCUGACAGUGUUUCAGUGGUGAGCAGCUGCUGUGAUGUCAAUGGAGGCCAGGCGCGUAAUGGGGAGACCUCUCUGUGCAUCCUGAGCCCCGACUGCAAGUUCUACAUCUGCGAGGACGACAACACCACAGACAGCUGUCGUGACCAGAGUGAAGAGGUCAGUUGCUCUGUUAGUACCGACGAGGAGUACUUGCCGAUUCGACGUCACCCCACCAAACUCAGGAUGACCCGUCUGGACCCUCCACCUCACCGCCCCAACCCUCGGCAGGCCUGGAUGGAAGAAACACGAGGUGGUGGCAGCUUUAGUCGAGGCUCAGAAUUAAAAAAAGACAGAGAGAAGCGUGAAAGUGGCUACUACUCCCUUGGGAAGGCAGCUGGUGCCCGUUUUACUGAAAAAAGCCCACCCACUCCUUUCCGGCAUUUUGAAAGAGGUCAUCCCAUCUUUAGUCACAGAAACAUUGAGCCAAAAGAUAGUAUCCCCUUCAGAAAUCCCAAUCUAGGUGUUGCCUCAGAAAGGCCGAUACCAGAAGUGCUCAAUGAGGACCUUACUGUGGAAAUCCCUCCCCCAGACCCUUAUGAAGUUGCAGUUGAAGUUGAAGCACAAGUUGGGCCUCGAUCUCCCAGUCCUACUCCUUUUAAGAUUGCGGAGUCCCUGGCUUCAACUAGUCGAAAGGGUUUAAGUCGAACAAAUCCUCUGAGAGAGUCGUGCUUCCUCGCCGCCUAG